UGCAUAAAAUAAACAUUGAAGAACAAACAUCACAAAACGCAAAUUUAUUUAUUUACUUUAUUUGUUGUCUUAAAAUACCAAUCGAUCAACGUAUUACAAAAUGACGAAAUGUAAAAAUAAAAGUUGGGAUGAAUUAGAACCCAAAAUAUCCCCAGAAAUUUUAGAUAUUAUUAAAAAUACUUUUAGUUUUGAUAAGACCACACCUGUACAGGCUGCUACUAUACCAUUUCUCAUGUCUAAAAAAGACGUUUCAGCCGAAGCUGUGACGGGUUCUGGAAAAACUCUUGCAUUUCUAAUACCAUUACUUGAAAUUUUAAAAAAACGACAAUUGGAAGAAUCGUGGAAAGAAAAUGAGAUUGGUGGAAUAAUUAUAUCACCAACAAGAGAGCUGGCACAACAAAUUUUCGACGUUUUUUCCAAGUUUUUAGAGCAUAAAGAAUUUUCAUUCAUAAAACAGCAACUUAUUGUUGGUGGAAAUAAUAUAGAUGAAGAUAUAAAGAAAUUAAAAGAAACUAAUCCGCUGGUCUUGGUAUGCACCCCAGGUAGAUUAGAAGAUUUAUUGGAACGGAAAAGUGAUUUGAAUUUAUCAACCAAAGUUAAAAGUUUGGAAUUGUUAAUUCUUGACGAAGCUGAUAGACUACUCGAUCUAGGUUUUAGUACAACUUUAAAUACAAUUUUCUGCUAUUUGCCCCGUCUGCGCCGCACCGGGUUGUUUUCAGCAACUCAAACUAAAGAAGUAUCGGACUUGGUUCGUGCAGGCUUACGAAAUCCAGUUUUGGUUGUAGUAAAAGAAAAAUCAUCUAUAAGUACUCCUGCGAAUUUGCAUAAUUUUUAUAAAAUAGUAGAACCGGAAAACAAAUUUGUAGAGCUCCUUAACUUUUUAUAUGAAAUGCGAAGUAAGAAAAUAUUGAUAUUCUUUCCAACUUGUGCCUGUGUUGAAUAUUGGUUGGAAACAUUGCCGAUAUUUUUGCAAAAUACGAAAAUUUUGGGAAUACAUGGAAAAAUGAAAAAUAAACGGCAAAAAAUUGUUAAGCGUUUUAGCGUUGAACAAAAUUGUGUAUUACUUUGCACCGACGUUUUAGCUAGAGGCUUAGAUAUAUCGGAAAUCGAUUGGGUGGUACAGUGGGAUCCUCCAGCAAGUGCUGCUUCAUUUGUGCAUAGAGUUGGACGCACAGCUAGACAAGGUAAUGAAGGAAGUUCCUUAAUUUUUUUACUUCCAUCAGAAGAUGCAUACAUAAACUUCUUAAAAAUAAAUCAAAAGGUAAUUUUGGAACCCUUUAUUCAUAAUAGUACCAAUUUUGAAUUAAGGAACGUUUUGAAAAAAAUUCAUAAAAAUCAGACGUCUGACAAAGGUGUUUACGAUAAAGCCAUAAGAGCUUUUGUUUCUCAUAUUCAAGCUUACAGGAAACAUGAAUGUAACGCCAUAUUAAGACUUAAGGACUUAGAUUUUGGGAAAAUGGCUACAAGUUAUGGGCUUCUGCAAUUACCAAAAAUGCCAGAGUUAAAAAAAGCGAAUGUGGAGAAUUUUAUUGGGCCAAAUUUUGAAGUAAAUAUUAAUAACCUUACUUAUAAGAAUUUACAAAAGGAGAAUUGUCGAGUGGAAAAAUUAAAAAUAUUCGAAGAAACUGGUUCUUGGCCGGGUAAAGAAAAAUUCAAAAAGAAGGCAGAAUCUUGGGAAAACACCAAAAAAAUGAAGGAGGAAGCUAAAAUGAAAAGAAAAAUAAGAAAAGAAAAGAAGAAAUUGAAAAAAGAAAGUAACCAGCCAACAAUAAAAAAACGGAAGCAAGCCUAUACAGAAGAUGAUUUAGCUGAAUUGGCGGAAGACAUAAAGUUAUUCAAAAAAUUAAAAAAAAAGAAGAUAACAGAAGAAGAGUUUGAAGAACAAAUAGGUUAUAAUGAAAAUGAUGUUGUUGAAAAUUAAUGAAAUCUAGUUGUUAAUUUUAAAUGUUUUAAAUUUUCAUUAUAAUAAAUGUAAAGCCUGUA